AUGGCGUCCGCUGUUCUUCCGGCCUGUGCGACUUCUCACCAGUCCUCCUUCUCCCGGUAUCCUCCUAAUCUGAUGGACAUGGACGUGGAAAUGGACAAUCUUGCUCACUACCAACACUACCUCGCUCAUUCCCCAACUCGGCGGUCGUUGAAUCGCCAACGUUCUACGUCUUUCCCAUCGGUUUACUACUCGGGCUCUCCUGAGCAUCAUCCGGUCGACCAACGACGGAGGAAGCAGAGUCCUGUCUCUCAGCACGGUCCUCGACGCCACCGCCAUGGCAGCCCUUCUCGCCCCCAGCAGACCAGAUACUCGCGGCACUCGAUGCUGGUCAACCCGGAUGUCAUCGACCGUCUGGAUAGCGCCAGUCUUUAUCAGUACCACCAUGAGGGGCCGUACGAUGCUGUGUACGCGGAGAGGAACUACAAUACCAAGCAGAGCCCGGUCGAGGCCGUCAAACACUCCAACGCAGAAGCCUUGAAGGCCACUCCGAAAGACAAAAUCAGAGACUGCGUCGAUAGUCACCGUCCCCUCGACGGUGUGGCGUUCUAUCCUCCGGGUCACACAGACAUGGAGGGCCGCACCUACGAAUACGAGGAGGGCACGAACAUGAUGAACGACUAUGGAAACUUUAUGCGUUGUCCGGGUCAGAAAUUCACCGAUGAAGAUUUCAAAAACGACCCCUUUUACAACAUGCCCCAUCCCAAGCCGUUCGCUUCUCUCCGAAAGGCGCUCAGUCUCCGCCGUCGCAAGCGCCGUGGAACUUCUUAA